AUGUCCAUGAUGGUUAAGUUGAACUACUUCCUUUGGUUGCAAAUCAAACAAGCAAAGAAUGGGAUAUUCAUCAAUCAAUCUAAAUAUUGCAAAGAACUUCUCAAAAGAUUUGGCAUGGAUACUUGCAAAUAUACAGUCACUCCAAUGGGAUCAGGGACAUAUCUUGAUCAUGAUGAAUCUAGGACUCCAAUUGAUAUCACUAAGUAUCGAGCUUGUCCGAAGGAAUCCCAUCUCACUGAUGUGAAGAGAAUAAUGAAGUAUCUCAAAAGAGCAUCCAAUAUCGGCUUAUGGUACCCCAAAGGUAGUAUAUGUAGUCCUGUUGGUUUCUCUGAUGCAAAUUAUGCAGGAUGCAAGAUGGACAGGAAAAACACGAGUGGAACAUGUCACAUUUUUGGAAAUGCUCUAGUUUCUUGGUCAUGUAAAAAGCAAGCGAGUGUGGCUCUCAGCAAUGCAGAAGAAGAAUAUAUCGCCAUCGGUAGUUGCUGUGCACAAAUACUUUGGUUGAAGUAA